AUGCCGGCUGCUACCUCCACCUCGCGCGCCAACGGUCGCUCCAGCGCUGCUGGAACACCCAAGCUGCUUGUUGUCUUGAAGCUAUCAUCCAGUCUUCUGAAGAAAUUCGCGCCUGUCCCUGACACGAAGGACAAGAAGAAGAGGAUCAGCAUCACGAGUGCCAACAACAAGAAAAACGAGUCGGGUGCCGACUCCACCCCCAAGAAGGAGGAUGCUCCCUCCUCUCCCGCAUCAUCAGCCAUAGAACCGCCGCCACCUGCGUCUUCGGUCGACAAUGCCUCUGAUGCUGCCUCGACGCCCGCGCCCGGAGCAUCUGCGGAUGCAAACCGGAGGAGCCUCCCUGGUCCGAAGCCAGGUGCUAAAAGGAGUCUCAACCCAGCAUCUGACAGCUCCCUCAAGCCGAGAGGAAAGCCCGGACCUAAGAAAAGACCUAGACUUGAGGACGGAUCCACGGAGAAUGCGAAGCUGGGCACAACACACCGACUAGGCCCCAAAGCAAACACUGGAGCAAUCAACGCCGGACUUCGCGCCCUCGACCGCACUGGAGCUCCAUGCCGCAAGUGGGAGCGCAAACCCUUGCAGCUGAAGAGCUUCACCGGAACACAAUGGCACCUUCCCUCAUGGCGCGCUCCUCGGUCACAGAAGCAGGAAGAGAACGGAGAAACGAAGGAAGCUGUUCUCGAAACUGGCGACAGCGACAGCAGAGCCAACCAAAGUGCAAGCGCCGUCCCUAGCGAAAAGAGUAAUUCCGGUGAUGGCGAUCUCACGCCGGCUCACCCCAGCAUGGUCGAGGCAUCCUCGCCCGCUAUCGCCAUGGCCGCGUAG